GGGAGGGCCAGAGGGGACAGAGAGGGGGAGAGGGGAGGCCAGGAGGAGGGGGAGCUUGCAGCGGCCAUGGAUUCCGACCUCUGGAUCUCGCGCCUCAUGGCCGCCAAGCGGCAGUACGCGCUGCAGCGUGCGCAGCGCCACCAUGCCACCCCCGCGUCCCUACACGAUCAGUUUGGGUACGAUGGUAUCGAACCAGAAGACGAGGUAUGCUCAGAGUUCCAAUGCCCUUACUGCUAUGAAGAUCACGACAUUACAUCUCUUUGCACCCAUUUGGAGGAUGAGCACCCUUUUGAGUCUAAAGUUGUGGCUUGCCCAAUUUGCUCGGCUAGGAUUUCGAAGGACUUGUUGGAUCAUAUAACCCUUCAGCAUGGCUAUCUGUUUAAAUUGCAGAGACAUCACCGAUUUAGUAGAGUUGCUGGUACUGGUAACCAAAUUCUCUCCUAUGGAGGGAGAGAUCUUCAAGAGACCUACUUAAAGUUGCUUCUCGGAAAUAGUGCUCGAAGCAGCAGUACCAAUACAUCAAGUUCAGUCACUGAUUCACUGCUAUCUUCCCUAGUUUUAAAUUUAUCUUCAUCAGAAGCAGAAGACACAUCAAAAUCUUCUGCUCCUGCUGUGGUGGAAAAUAAUUGGUUUAAAAGAGCACUACCUUCAAAGACUUGGAAGACGAGUGCUGCUGAUUCCAACCUUAAUCAUGAAGAGAGGGAGCGAAGGAGGAGGCGAGCUGCGGUGAGAUCAGCCUUUGUACAGGAUCUACUUGUCACUACCCUUUUUGAUGACUAGCAGAAUAAAACAAGCUCAUGCACCAGAAUCAUGUGGGCCUUUUGCCCACUCGCUUGUCUGGAUGAAUAACGAUUUAACCAUCUUCGAUAUCUUGAAGUUGUUCAUCUGACCGGGGCUGGUACCUGAUUCCAUCAACCUCGCCGAUCAACUGAAGAAGCAGAGGGCCUCUUAUCUUAUAUAUUAUGGAAGUAGCUGUGAACAUUUGUUUUCCGGACCAAAUUCAGAUUGCUAGGCAUUGACUAGCGUUCUUAUAGUAGUCAUGCAGAACGUGAUGAACUUUACCCAAUUUGAUUCCAACUAUGAACAUUUGAAGGUUGUCUUUUCAAGUUUGGUAUAUGCAUGAAGUUACAUGAUCUUUUUACUCAA